AUGCGCUAUCGACCGCCGCUGCAUCCUGUCCCGUCCGACGAGGAACGUGCUGUUGCCAUGCUCACAUGGCCUCGUGCAUCACCCGCCGAAUCCGUCAUUAAACCGUUCAAAUUCGGUCAAAUCGCUCUCUAUAACAGCUCUGUUAUACUAACACACCAUUCCAAUUCCACCGAUCCCUAUCAAUUGGUGGAACGCCAACAGAGCGAUUGGCUGAAGAAACAGGAUACAGUUCAUUGGACAUCGGUAACAAGGGGUGAGCUAUAG